AUGUCUGGCAACAACUACCAGCAGUACGGCGGGAACCCCUACGGCCAGGCCGAGGCAGGCUAUGGCGGCACCAGCAACCCAUAUGGCUCGACCGGCUACGGGUCAUCGAACCCAUAUGGCGGCGGCUAUGAUGAGCAGCCCAGCCGCCCAACUCAACUGACACAGGCCGACUCUAACUACUCGCAACCCUCGCAAUACUCCGCUCCUGCCCCGUCACACACUGUAUCGCAUACAGAGCCGUACGGAAAUACAGCGCAGCAAGGUCAGCAGUCAUACGGGCUGGAGCAGCCGGGCACCAAGCCGUUGAGCCAGCAGGACUUCCUUCAGCGCAUCGAUGGAACCAAGAGCAGGAUUGGUCAGCUUACACAGGACAUUGGCGCCAUUUCGAGCAUCCACCAGCGCAUGCUGUCGUCACCUGACAACCGUUCAUCCGCCGAGCUUGAGAGCAUUGUUUCGCAGACACAGAUCAGAAACACCCAGAUCAAGGACGAGAUCAAAUUCCUUGAGCGCGAUGCCGCACGCGAUUCGAGCAAUUCGUUCAAGAGGACUCAGGUCGAGUCGCUGAAGAGGACGUUCAAGAGCCAGCUUGAGGACUUCCAGCGGGAAGAGGCGGACUACUCUAAGAGGUACCGUGAGGCCAUUGCCCGCCAAUACAGGGUGAUCAACCCUGAAGCGACCGAGGCAGAGGUGCAGGAGGCAGCGAACGCCGACUGGGGCGAUGAGGGCAUCUUCACUCAAGCUCUCAAGAGCAACCGCAGUGGGCAAGCGUCCAGUGUCUUGGGUGCUGUUCGUGCGCGUCACAACGACAUCCAGCGCAUUGAGAAGACCAUGGUCGAGCUGGCGACAUUGUUCCAGCAGCUCAACGAGCAGGUCGUCUACCAGGAAGAGCAGACCGUACAGGUCGAGAACCAGACCGUCCAGGUCAACGAAGACGCCAAGCACGCAAACACACAGCUCGACCAGGGUAUCAAGUCGGCCAGGCGCGCAAGGAAGCUCAAAUGGUGGACUCUGUUCGUGGUGGUACUCAUCAUCGCCAUCAUUGCGCUGGCUCUGGGUCUUUAUUUCGGUCUCCGAAAGAACAACAACCCGUAGAGCGGGACUUCCCUAUUCGAACCGAGCAGUCAAUCCGGUUCUGUCGCUCGCACCCUAUUGCGGACAGAAAGCCCAAGAGCGAUAUGACGAUUUUGAUACAUCCAUGUCUGCAGUGCUUGCUGGCAUGACUGUACCAUGCGGUUCAACAUGCAAGUUUGGCCCUGCACCUUGGUUGCUCUUGGGCGCUUGGGUUAAUCCUGAGCAGAGAUAUCUUGAUGUGGCAUUAUGAGUUGUAGACGUGUGGUAAAAUCGUCGUUAAUCGUAAUUGAGGACUGCAGUUAGCAGUCGUAUGUGUAUAAUGAAAGGUAGCAAGUAGCACAAAUUCAUACGAUCCACCUGUUCAACGAGAGACCC